AAGGCGAGUGUGUUCCUCUCGCCCUGUCAAUAAUCUCCGCUCCCAGACUACUCCGUUCCUCCGGAUUUCGAUCCCCCUUUUUCUAUCUGUCAAUCAGCGCCGCCUUUGAACUGAAAAGCUCAGUCUAACUUCAACUCACUCAAAUCCGAGCGGCACGAGCUCCUUCGGUGUCUUCGGCUUCCCCCCCCUUUGCUCUUAUAUCUGACUUGUUGUUGUUGUUGUUUUUUUUUUACCCCCCUUUUUUAUUUAUUAUUUUUUUGCACAUUGAUCGGAUCCUUGGGAACGAGAGAAAAAAGAAACCCAAACUCACGCGUGCGGAAGAUCUCCCCCUUCCCCUCCCUCCUCCCUCUUUUCCCCUCCCCAGGAGAGAAAGACCCCAAAGCAGGAGAAAAAAAAAGUUAACCUUGGACUCGUCUUUUUCUUGCAAUAUUUUUUGGGGGGCUCGCAAACUUUUUUUUUUUUUUUUGCUUUUCUUCCUCCUUCAUUUUUCUUCCAAAAUUGCUGCUGGUGGGUGAAAAAAAUGCCGCAGCUGAACGGCGGUGGAGGAGAUGACCUAGGCGCUAACGACGAGCUGAUCUCCUUCAAAGACGAGGGCGAGCAGGAGGAGAAGAACUCGGAAAACUCCUCGGCGGAGAGGGAUUUAGCCGAUGUCAAGUCCUCGCUGGUCAAUGAAUCAGAGACGAAUCAGAACAGCUCCUCCGAUUCCGAGG